AUGAGGCUUCUGCUGCUCCCCGUCCUCCCCCUGCUGGCCACCCCCGUGGUGGCCAGCACCGUCGUGAGCUGCAGCCAGACCACCGAGCAGCUGGUGACCAACCCUUCCUUUGAAGACGGCACCUACUCCUCCUGGACCAUCACCGGAUCGACGUCGCCGGACGUGUUUGUGUACUCGAGCUCCCCCGACGGACGGUACACGCUGGCGCUGAACGGCGGGCUCUCCUCCGACACGGUCUCCCAGGCGCUCAGCGGCCUGUCCAUCGGCACAACCUACACCCUCAUCGCGUACUGGCAGCUGCUGGCUGUCGGGUCUGGCAGUUGUACCGCCGAGAUCACCUUCGGGAGUCAGUACAUCACGCAGAACACCAUCGCCAGCACGGCAGGGACCACCUGGGAGAUGAUCGCUGCUUCAUUCACUGCUUCCGCCACCAGCGGGGAUCUCACCAUCGCCAUCUCCUGCACUUCCGGCUCUUUUGCGUCCAGUUCGGAGCUCAACUUUGACGACAUCACCCUCUCGGCCCUCGUCGACGUCUGCACUACCUCCACCCUGACGCCCACCCCUACCCCGACUCCUGCUCUUUCAUCGUCUUCUCUUCUCUCUUCAUCCUCUCUUCUCUCUUCAGUCUCAGUCUCUCCAGCCUCAGUUUCUUCAGUCUCAGUUUCUUCGUCUUCUCCUGUGUCUUCAGUCUCAGUCUCAGUCUCAGUCUCAGUCUCAGUCUCUUCCCCUGCUUCUUCUGCGGCCUCACUGAGGGCCUCUUCCUCUCCUUUAACUUCUUCUGAUUCAGCUGCUUCUUCUCCCCCUGCAGCCUCUAUUGCCUCCUCUCGCCCUACACCUCCUUAUUCCAUCUCUAUCCAUCCAUCUCCCUCAUCCUCUCACAGCGUCCUCCCUGUCCACAGCUCUUCUGCCCAUCGCCGGCCAUGCUCCAACUCUCACUCUCGCUCUUUCAUUCCCUCUGUGAGACCUUCCACCAGUUCCAUCUUUACUUCCGCCACUUCUAGCACUGUGUCUAGCACUGUGUCUAGCACUGUGUCUGCCGCCUCUACUUCGGCCGUCUCUACUUCUGCUACGUCUGGUGUUUCCACCGGUUCUAUCUCUGGUACUGGAUCUCUUGGUGCUGCCUCUACUUCUGUCUCUACUGGUUCUGCUUCAGGCACCACUGGAAACACCGAGUCUGUGCAGACGACGCCUCUCACCACUGAGACCGCUGCGCAGACGACGCCUCUCACCACCGAGACCCCUGCGGGCAAUACAGCCGUUGCCGCGACUGGCGUCUCCGACUCUACCUCUGUGUACACCGUCACAGCCUGUCCGGAGGGUGUCUCUGACUGCGCUCCCUCGCAGGAAACCACCUAUCUCACCACUGCCACCAUCACGGCCGGAGUAUCUGCAGUAACUGGUUCUGCAGUAACUGGUUCUGCUGUUUCUACUGGAGAGUCUGCUACUGGAGAGUCUGGAUCUGGCUCUGGAUCUGGCUCUGGAGAAUCUGCUACUGGAGUGUCUGCUACUGAAGCUUCUGCUACUGGAGAGUCUGGAUCUGCCUCUGAAGCCACUCAGCCCAGCACUCUCCAGUCUGUUUCUGGCACUGCCUCUGCAUCCACUUCUUCCAUUGCCUCUGCCUCUACCACCCAACCAUCCAGCGCCCAGUACACUGGUGCCGCGUCUUCGUUGUCUAUCUGCUGGACAUUACUUGUCCCGGCUUUCCUUGCCUUCUGGUGACUCUGC